GACUGGAGAAGAAGGUGAUGGGGAUUUUUUUGAAAAACUGAUUGCCAUUCAACAGAAGCAGGAAAAUAUGCAGCGUCUGGACUAUACACAGACUUUGGGAGAUGUAACUGAGUCCCUCCCUUUUCAAACAGCUAGACACAAAGACAAGCUGAAGAUACCACAUGGAGAGCUGCUGUUGCUGUGUGAGAAUGUGCUGUACACAGUUAUCCACCGAACUGGUGUCCCCUCUACAAUGCACAUCACAGACCAAGAUGAGAUGCUUCGCUAUUUGCAGAAGGUCUUCAAGCUUGAUGAGAAUGAAUAUGAGGCUGUGAUGCACCGAGUGAAGGAAGCAAAGGUGCCCUCCUGGACCCUGAAAGUGACCGUUGUGGAGGCAAGAAACCUACUGGCCAAGGAUGCCAAUGGUUUCAGCGAUCCCUACUGUAUGCUGGGAAUCACGAUGGGACAGACCAUGCGGGAGACGGAAGAGAAGAAGGAGCGGAAAUUCAGCUUUAGGAAAAAAAAGGACAGAAUGGAAAAGAAGUCAAGCCUCAGAGAAGUACUUCCUGCCAAGUACAUUCAGGUCACAGAUGUCAAAUCAAACACUCUGAAUCCAGUGUGGAAUGAGACCCACAGGUUUGAUCUGGACGAUCUUCAUAGCGACCAGCUCCAUCUUGAUAUUUGGGACCAUGAUGAUGAAGUCUCAGUGGUAGAGGCUUGCAAAAAUCUAAAUCAGAUCAGUGGAUUCAAAGGAAUGGGAAGAUACUUCAAACAGAUCGUGAAGUCGGCUCGAAGUAAUGGGGCCACGGGAUCACAGGAAGAAAACGAUGAUUUCCUCGGUUGCCUGGAUAUUCCAGUCAGUGUAAGUCUGACCUUCAAAAGAGGGAACGGGGGAUGGGAUGCCAGAGCGUUUAAAACCAACCCUCUUUCCCAAACAUAG